AUGCCUCGAGCAACGACCGAGCGAUUUUCCCGAGCACACCAGCCAUCAGCGAAGGCUCAAGAAAAGAAUGCAGAGGCCGGACCAUCUUCGUCUGGCCGAAAUCCCCUUUUCAACACUGAACGCUUCGGCCAACAUAUCCUCAAAAAUCCACUGGUUGCCCAGGCGAUCGUUGACAAGGCAAAUUUACGGCCUACGGACAGAGUACUUGAAGUCGGCCCUGGUACGGGGAACUUGACGAUGAGGAUACUGGAAAAAGCCAAGAGUGUGACAGCUGUGGAGAUGGAUCCUCGCAUGGCCGCUGAACUGACAAAACGUGUCCAAGGAAAGCCAGAGCAAAGAAAACUCGAUAUUAUCAUCGGUGAUUUUGUCAAAGCAACCCUACCCUACUUCGAUGUCUGCAUAUCAAAUACGCCGUACCAGAUAUCUUCACCCCUUAUCUUCCGUCUGCUGUCUCACCGCCCGAUUCCUCGCAUCGCCAUCCUCAUGUUCCAGCGCGAAUUCGCCCUCCGGUUGGUCGCCCGUCCGGGAACGAAUCUAUGGAGUCGGCUCUCUGCAAAUGUGCAAUUGUACGCCAAGGUGGACCAUAUAAUGAAAGUUGGGAAGAACAACUUCAGACCUGCUCCCCAGGUUGAGUCGAGCGUCAUACGAUUGGUGCCUAUAGAUCCACCGCCACCAGUCAAGUUUGAAGAAUUCGAUGGCUUGAAUCGAAUACUAUUCAGCCGACGGAACAAGACAGUACACGGCAACUUCAUGGCAAAGGGUGUAAUAGACAUGCUGGAGAAGAAUUGGCGAACGUGGUGCGCGGAGACUGGGAAGAUGAUUGAAGACGAUGUGGAUAUGAAGGCUAAAAUAGAGAAAAUAUUGGAGGAAACGGAGAAUACGGAACAACGCCCUGCUAAAAUGGACGUAGACGAUUUGCUCAAGCUGCUAUCUGCGUUCCACGAUGCCGGGAUACACUUCGCCUAA